GAAAGUCAGAGAAGGUUUCUUCACCUCUGUUUUUAAGCAGGAGAGAUGAAACACAGCCACUGCGUCCCAGUUUUUAUCAGCAAACUUUGGACACUUGUAGAGGCUCAGUCAACGAACGACCUGAUCUGCUGGAGCCAAGAUGGCAGCAGUUUUCUUGUCCAGGAUGAACAGCGGUUCAGCAAGGAAGUCCUGCCCCUUUACUUCAAACAUAGCAACAUGACCAGCUUUGUUCGUCAGCUCAACAUGUAUGGCUUCCAUAAAGUGGUAUGUUCGGACACUGGCUUGCAUAAAGCUGACAGCCAGGUUAACUGUGUCGAGUUUCAACACGACAGCUUCCAGAGAGCUCAAGCUCAUCUGCUGGGCCUCAUCCGCAGGAAGGUUUCGGUUAGCCGUGGAGUUGAAGAGGGAGGGCAGGCGUCUCAGGUUCUCAUUCAGGUUAGUCAAGUCAGAGGCUGGCAAGACUCCUCAGACCUCAAACUCAUGGCUUUGUGCAGGGAUAAUGGGAGAUUGUGGAGAGAACUGGACACAUUAAGACAGAGCUAUCAGCAGCAACACAAAAUCAUACGCAAAAUUAUAAAGUUCAUCAUCAACAUCGCUCAGUCAAGUGGGAUAAAAGGUUGCAAAAGAAAACUUCCCAUGAUCGACCAUUCUGGGGAUUUUCAGUCCGCGCCGAAAUACGCCCGUUCCUUCGGUGUGAACGCUACCCAUACCACUUCCCCCCUCCAAGAGAUCCCUUCGUUGCAAGAGCUGGACGUGUCACCAGCCGACGUGUACUCGAAUGGCAUGGUCACCUCCGACAUCAGCCACCUGCUGGAUCCCACACCUGAGCCCGGCAGAGAACCAGCAACAGAAAGCUUUCCCGCAACAACAUUUUUAUCUCGUACUCUGCCCUCCAUGGAGCUGGCAUUGACUUUGCUAGAUGACCCAGCUGCCCAGGAGUCUGAGGAAAUACCCUGUGAAAGAAAUGAGGCGUUUGAUCCAUUGGCGCUAAUUGACUCCAGUUUAGCAGCAAUCCGCUCAUGCGUUCCACCGUCACCAGACCUGGACGAUUUCAGCAAGAUCCUCAGUCCCGGCUGCCACAUCUCUGCUGUUAAAGACUCUGACGCGAAAACCAAGAGCAAACAGAGAAACCAAACUGAAGCCGAUGCUCUGCCUCACGCUGAAGCAGUUAUACAGCAGCAGGGCCUGCAACAGAACGCAGACCAGGAGCAGGAGCAGGAGCGCUACGAUGGUGGAGAGUAUUUGGAUAUCUUACCAUCCCUUCUGCAGCUGGCGCAGGAAGCAUCCAGCCUCUCUUUCAGUAACAGUACCCUGCCUCCGGAGACCUCUUUUGUCAUUUAAAACUCUAAUACAGUUGAUUAUAAAAUUGCUGUGGUGGUUGAUAGUAAAAAGCCAAUAGCAUCAUUAUCACACAUGUCGAUUGUAAAUGAUGUACAUUUUCCGUCGUGGGGCUUUUAUCUAUCAGUGAACUCUAACCUGUUUUCUUGAAUCAAGAUUGAUUUGACAACAAACCUUUAGUUUAUUAGCACAGUUUACCAUGUAGGGUAAAGCAAUAGACCAAAAUGACGUUGGUGUCUUUCAGAAAAUCAGAAAACAGAAUUUUUUUCGGUUAAUUCCUUUAAAGUCAGCAUUUUGUUGUGGGAGCAUUGCCAUGGUGGUUUUAUUUAUCAGAAAACCUGCUGCAUAUUCAGCCACCAAAUGUCUAAAUGAGUAAUACCUAAUAUACUAAUAAUAGAACUAAUGUGGUAAUUAAAGUUACAUAAGAGCAUUAUAAGCUAUUGAUGCAAUUCUCAUCAUAUAUCAUAGUCAUCAUAGUAUCUCCCACAUAUUACGUAAUACACAUAUAUUUUGUUUAAAUUUGUUUAAUAAUCUUUAGCAGUACAUUUCUACAGACACGGUUACCAACUAUAGCAUAUAGCAUAUAUCGUUUACAAAUAAUUCUGAUGUGAAUCAGUCAUUUUGCUGCACUUGAUUGUUAAAUAUUGUCUAAUUGAAGGACGUUAUAUAGGCUAUAUGUUUAUUCCUUAAACAUAAUAGACUGUUUCAGGUUUUUGAUAAGUGUGUGUUUUCAUGUAAAAGCGAAUUACGAAAAAGCAAAAUAAAAUGUUUGAAAUGAA